AUGGGUGGACUAAAUGACUCCGUGGUCACUGAGCUUGUGUUGCUGGCCCUUUCUUGUUCUAGAGAGAAAAAAAUUUUUCUCAUCUUGAUAUGUUCUUUGCUCUAUUUAGGCGUCAUCCUGGGAAACCUUGUCAUUGUGUUUUUGGUAAUUGCUGAUUCCCACUUACAGUCUCCUAUGUACUUCUUGCUGGCCAACCUGUCCUUCAUUGAUGUGGGCCUUUCUUCUACAACCAUCCCCAAGAUAAUCACAGACCUUGCAAAUGAAUACAAUGUAAUUUCCUUUCAAGGUUGUAUGACUCAGAUAUGCUUCAUCCACAUCAUGGGAGGAGUGGAGAUGGUGUUGCUCAUAGCCAUGGCUUUUGACAGGUACACGGCCAUCUGUAAGCCUCUUCACUACCUGAAAAUCAUGAACCCUAAAAUCUGUGUUUCAUCUGUAAUCAUUGGCUGGGUAACUGGGGUGAUCCAUGCCAUGUCUCAAUUUGGUUUUGUUAUAAACUUGCCCUUUUGUGGCCCAAAUAAAGUAGACAGCUUUUACUGUGACUUUCCCAAGAUCAUAAGACUUUCAUGCACAGAUGGAGCCAAGUUUGAGUUCAUUGUUGCUGCCAACAGUGGGUUUAUGAGCCUGGGCACCUUUAUCCUGUUAAUCCUUUCCUAUGCCUUUAUUUUGGUCACCAUCUGGAAACAUUCUUCAGGAGACUUAUCCAAGGCAUUUGUCACUUUGUCAGCUCACGUCACCGUGGUUUUUCUGUUUUUUACUCCAUGCAUAAUUCUCUAUGUCUGGCCUUCUCCCCCACCAUCAGUUGAUAAAAAUCUAUUUAUCGUUGACUUUGCCAUUACUCCUGUCUUAAAUCCUAUCAUUUAUACUUUAAGAAACAAAGAAAUAAGGGUAGCAAUAAAAAGAUUGAGCAAAAAGAGACCUUAUUCCAGAUUUUGUUAA